AUGACGUACCGCCCAAUCAGGCAGUUUGUUGUCCGGCGGCACAGCGUAUUGCCGACGAAGAACAAAGUCAGUCUCACGUCUGAAACCUCCCGCCAUUUCCCCCGUACCACACCUGGUCUCUAUGGUUGGGCUCCUCACAAGACAGUCAUUUCGAAAUGUGCCCUCACUAUGCCGGACGAGAAGCGGCGCGUUAUUAUUGAAAAAUCCAGCACGGUCCGACGGCGGUACCAACGCAGCAACAAGGUCUUCCGGUUCUCCGCCGAGGAACUCAAACGCAUCGAACGCGAAGAAGCCCGCGAGAAACGCGCUAGAGAACUACGAGAGAAGGAAAAGAGGCGCAUUGCCAAUAAAAAGAAGAAGGCCGAGCAGGAUGCAAGGCUCCGCGAGGAGCAACGCCGACAAGGCCCGCCUGAUCCCGAGAGCCUCAAGUUCCCGUCCAGCCAACAACUGCUGUCGAGAUUCAUGACCUUUACAAAAAAGCCCCCACAACCCCAGAAUGUCGAGCAACCCGAGCAGCCUGCGCAGCCAGAACACCCCGAACAGACCAAAGAGCUACAAUUUGAAGCAGUCAAGGACAGCAAGGGACACAACAGCGGUGCAAGUGCAGAUGACGGCAAUGACGACGGCAACGCAGGAGGCGAUACCGAAAUAGAUUCGGAUGGCUUUGAUGAUUUAGACGAAGAGCUCGAACGAGAAAUGUCUACCCUCGAGAGAGCCGGUCCCUCGAACGCCCCCGAAGAUGACAAAACACCCGAUGAAAGCCUCGGCCCGCAUACCACAAUAGACACGGGCGAAGCAAUUCAUGAAGAUACAUGCCAGCGACAAGGUGAUGAAGACGAUGAGUUUUCAGAUUGCUCCGUAUUCAACGAUGAAGGUCUCUUGAAAGAGGCGGAUGCAGCUGGAACGUCUAGGCCAAAUAUCACAGAACAAAGAGAGCCACCCUCGGACAAUAUACCGGCGCACCCGCGACGACAACCGCCAGCCGAGCAGCUCAAACUCCCCCCUCCCGGGCUUUCCUUGGGAAGUUCGUUUCGAGAUGAGACUGCCGACUUUCUCGAAGAUGUCUUCGCGCGUGGUUGUGGUGAUUCUUUUAGUGAGCUUAUCCAGGCGGAUAUAAAACCCUUGUAG